GUCGGCUCGGAUGGCGCCUCAUGAGCCAUUGGACCGACACUUUUACGCAUCCUUCGCGGAGGCAACUUGAGCGUCGCUCCACACGAGCACUACUAUUCCCCACUCUGAGGGCGCGAUAUCUGCACGACUCCGUCUCGCCUGACAAGUGGUGUGUGACACGCUCGGACCUGAAGUUCUUGCGAUGGGACGUGCAGCAAUUCAUCUCGGCCGAGCAGAUCGACUCCGACGGCAGUGAGCCGGACGCAUCCUCGGAGUACGGGCCAUCCAUCUAUGCCGUCACUGAGCAGUACAUCAAGCCGGUGACGGCCCUGGCGGGGAAGAUGAGCUGGGCCUUGAUGAUGAACCCGGAGGGCCUGGAGGCGGACUUGUUCAUCAGCCACGCCUGGCAGGAGGGCGUCUUCGAGUUCAUCUCCAAGGUCUUGGACUCCUGGCCCGCGCGGGCGCACAACGCCUGGUGCUGCAUGCUGGCGAACCCUCAGCACCUGGACAUCGCCUCCUUACUGCACUCCCCCUCGCACAGUCCCUUCGCGCUCGCUCUGAGAGCCUCCAAGUAUGUUUUGGUGGUGCCGAACCGGCACGCGAGCAUCUACACGCGGCUCUGGUGCGGCUACGAGGCAUACCUCGCGGCGGAGAGUGGGAAGAUCAUCCUCACAGCGAAGCCCUCCAUUUGGAGCACGGUGUGGCGUGCCCUCUGUCAGUUGGUGCUUGCGGGCCUGCUGGGCCUAGCACUGGGCGCGCUGCUGCGGUACCUCCUUUGGGGCUCCAACAUGAACCUCUUCAUAUUCGCGACGCUGUGCCUGUCCGCCCUUGGAUCGGCCAACACCGCGGGCAGGUGGAGAGUUGCUGCGGACCACAUUGGUUUCGCCCUGGCCACCGCUCUGAACCUCGUCUGGCGUUCAGAGGAGCACUCCAAGCGGCUGCGGCCGACCUCGAAGGUCUGGUCGGAGGUGAUGACCUUCUUCCCGCUGCUGGUGAUGAUCUUCUUCCUGCUGGCAGAGCUGGAUCGCAUCAUGUGGGAGGCGCGGACCGUGGAGUGCCAGCAACUGCGGCACGGCUUCGAGGGCAUUUGCCGGGCGAGCUGCAAGGAGCCGGAAGACGAGCAAAGGAUCAGGGCUGAGAUCGGAGACAAGGUCGCGGAGGUGGACCAAGCCAUCGAGGUCCUCAUCUCCGCGGGGAUGUCCACCCCGGCGCUGCGCCACGUGGAGCGCCUGGGCAUCAACAUCGACCACGCCGGCUGCAUGGAGCUCGCCAUGCCAGUGAUGUUCCUGGGCCCUCAGCUGCUGCUGGCCAUUUGGCAAGACCUCUUCAACGGCGCUCGCAGGGGCCGCUGGUUCCUGGUGGUAUGCCAGACCGUGUCCAUCAUUGCGAGGCUGGCGCUCCUCGCCCUGCUAUGCCGGUCUGGCGCGGAUGAGCGGUGCUUUAUGCUGCGAGUGAUGACCAAGCUGGUGGUUCUCGUGCUGGUGCCCGCCUUCGCGAGCGUGUGCCUGGGGGCGGAGGGGGAUCGGAUGAUGCAGAGGACCACCUUCCUGGCCUUCGACGCCGUCUUUCUGCUCACGCUGGGCUUUGGCUUGCUGGGCAUCCGGGGCACUGCGAAGAUGCCCUGCCUCAUGCAGCUGCUGCUGGCCAGGGGUCGACCCCUUUGCCACUGGAUGAAGGAAACUGCGGAGUUUCCGCGUGGCUUUUCACACUUUGGAAGAUGGCCAGCCAAAAGGCGAGCCUGUGUUGAACGGCUUUUGUUUUUCAAAAGGUCUCCAAGUUCAAGAGCUGCCUCACAACAGGAGAGGGGUAUGACCUCACCCUGGUUGAAGUUUCCUUUUAUGGCGACAGCUACACUCUGGUAGUGUUUGUUGCGUUUCGGCGUGUUUCUCUUGAGGGCGGCGUUUUGUUGGCGGCAGACAUCCUUCUGCGGGAGCCUUUCGACAGAAUGUUCCGGCGCCAGUCCAGGAAAAGAUAGAUUGAAUCUAUCUUGCCAUGUGAAUCAUGUGAGGUCAAUGAGUGGAUUCAAUCUUGCCAUGGUC